CUGCUCUGAUUCAGUAAAAUUAAUUCAUUUUGGAGUGGUGGGGUGGGCUCUAAGCUAUCUCUACGCAUAAAUCCAAUUCUAAUCACAUAAUAUGGGAUUCAUUAUAGAAACUGAAGCUUUUCUUGAUACUACCAUUUUCGUAGCCUUAAUCAGAGCACUGCCGCUCGCCUUUAUCUUGCAGAUUGCUCUGUUUUGAUUUAUGAGGAACUCUGUUUCUCUCUCUAUUAUGGAGUUUUCUUUGGUACUUUAUGGAAUUUUUCUCUGGGUGUUGGUGAUCUUUUCUGCUUUUCUGGGGUCGUAUAGUCACGAGGUGUUGGAAGAGAGUUUGAGUUCGAGUUCGAGUUCAAACGUGUUCUCAAACAAUUUCCUCUUUGGAACUGCUUCUUCUGCCUAUCAGUUUGAAGGAGCUUUCUUAAGUGAGGGUAAAGGCCUCAACAACUGGGAUGUUUUUACUCAUGAUCCUGGUAAUAUUGAGGAUGGAACAAAUGGAGAUAUUUCUGUUGAUCACUAUCAUCGUUAUCUGGAGGAUCUUGAUCUUAUGGAUUUUAUUGGAGUCAACAGCUACCGCUUCUCUAUUUCAUGGGCAAGAAUACUGCCCAAAGGAAGGCUUGGAAAGGUGAACAAGGCUGGGAUUAAUCAUUACAGCAAGCUCAUUGAUUCUCUUCUUGAAAGAGGGAUAGAACCAUUUGUGACAUUGGCUCACUUUGACAUCCCUCAGGAACUUGAAGAUAGAUAUGGAGCCUGGCUGAGUCCCCAAGUGCAGGAGGACUUCAGAUAUUAUGCUGAUAUCUGCUUUAAAUCAUUUGGUAAUCGAGUCAAGUACUGGGCCACCUUCAAUGAGCCAAAUGUUCAGGUUAUUCGCAGCUACAGGAGAGGCGUAUUCCCUCCAUCCCGUUGCUCAGGAUCGUUUGGCAAAUGCAGGAGCGGAGACUCAGAAAGAGAACCCUUUGUUGCUGCCCACAAUAUUGUUCUAUCUCAUGCUGCUGCUGUUGACACUUACAGGUCCAUAUACCAGGCCAAACAAGGAGGUAUUAUUGGAAUUGUUAUAAAUGCUAUGUGGCUGGAACCCAUCAGCGACUCAUUUGAAGACAAAUUAGCAGCUGAGAGAGCUCUAUCUUUUUACAUGAGUUGGUUCCUGGAGCCAGUUGUAUUUGGGAACUAUCCAGCAGUGAUGGAGGAAAUUUUGGGACCUGAUUUGCCCAGUUUUUCAACUAAAGAUCAGAAGAAGCUGAAGAAUGGAACAGAUUUCAUUGGCAUCAAUCACUAUACCAGCUUCUACAUAAAAGACUGCCUCUUUUCUGCCUGUGAACCGGGACAGGGGUCGUCUAAGAUAGAAGGUUUUGCUUUAUUGACCCAAAUGAAGGAAGAAAUCUCAAUAGGAGAAGCUACUGAAAUUUCCUGGCUAUUUGUCAAUCCUCAAGGAAUGAACAAGAUGGUUACAUACAUAAUGGAGAGAUACAAUAAUAUACCAAUGUUCAUAACAGAAAAUGGUUAUGGGGAGAAGGACAAACCCAAUACUCAAACUGAAGAUAUACUCAAUGAUACAGGAAGAGUAAAUUAUAUGAGCAGUUACCUCGAUGCCUUGGAAACAUCAAUGAGGGACGGAGCAGAUGUGAGAGGGUACUUUGCCUGGUCUUUGAUGGAUAACUUUGAAUGGACAAGUGGAUACACGGAAAGGUUCGGGCUUUACCAUGUAGAUUAUGGGACUCUGAAGAGAACUCCAAAGCUGUCAAGCUUUUGGUACAAAAAAUUCAUUGCCCAGAAUUUGAUCCUCAAUAAUGUCAGCGCACUUGUGUAAGUCCAGGAAAGUGAUCUGAGCAAGCAGAGACAUAAACUAUAUGAGGGUUGCUUUAUGUAAUUGCCUGUACACAAAUGAUUUGAUUAUUGAAUGCUGUUAGUUCCGUUGGUUAAGAAAUAUACUAAGCUGGUUGUAUAUGGCUUGGUAUCUUUGUAUAUAAAAAACUUGAUUCUAGAGCAAUACAACAUAGAGAGUAUUUUCUUCUA